AUGACCAACCACCCCAACAGCACAAGCACUGUCUACUUCACUCCCCAAGAGAUCAGCCGCAUCCAUGCCACCGUCACAUCCACUCUCCAAAAUGCCUCCCAACUUAAAGGCACACUCCGUCAGCCUCGCGAUGCCCCAUCAUCCCUACGUGAAGCAACGGCUGCCUCCCUACUGGCAGAUAUGGCUGGCUCCUCUCAAAAUCCGGGCCGGGGUGAGACCCUACCCAUCCUUACAGUUGGCCAGCCCUACCCGGCCUGCACCAUUCCGACUUCGGAUUUACAUCCCAUGAAACUCGCCGACUUGCGUAUGGAAACGCACCAUCGCGGUUGCAAGCUCAUACUGAAGAGGGCGACUGGAGUCAGAGGUAAGGGCUUGAGUGCAGUCGUGCAGCUCGCGGCGCGGUCGUGGACUCUGGUCCAGGAUGUGGAAGGGGAUGGAGAUGUAGAGAGGUUGGAGGUGUGCUUGCACACGCAUCAGCAUGGCAAGGAUGUGCUUGAGUGCUCUGGAGGGAAAGUGGUGGUGGUGAGGGAGCCGUAUUUUACGGUCACUGAGCAGGGGGAAGCGACGGUGAGGGUGGAUCAUCCUUCAGAUUUGGAGUGUUUCAAUGACGAGGAAUUAUCUUCUGUACGCAAGGUCGAAGACGGCUUCGAGGAUACAGAAACAGCAGCGCAAGAAGCACGGCGCUGCAAAGAGCGAGGAAACGCCGCACUCAUGGCGCGAGAUUCACCCCUUGCCUAUACCUAUUACACCCGCGGCCUACAACUCACCCAACACCAUGUCAAUGACUUCCACAAUAAUGCCCAGCUAGAGGCAAUCAUCCGUGAUCUCCACCGCAACCGAGCACACACCAACCUUCUCCUCAGCAACCUCGACGCCGCAAAAAGUGAUGCCUUGUUCUCCCUCACUGGGGCAUCCGCAACAGAUACGGAAUCCCAAGCCCUGGACAGCAAAGCCUAUUACCGGGCAGGUUGCGCAGCGUAUAAUCUCGGCGAGUACGAAGAAGCGAGGGAGUUCUUCUCGAAACGCCUACAGCUCACGCCUGAGGCGAGUGAUGCGGUGAUUCGCAAGGCCGACCAGCGCAUCCGCGAGCGAGAUACUGGGGCGUACGACUGGGCGAAGAUGAAAGCUGCUGCUGCCUUCUCUCGAUCGCGCGAAAUUGACGCUGCAAGUUUCGUGAAUAGGACUAUUGUGGGAGACAGUCCCGGCCGAGGCUGCGGGUUGUUCGCGGCUUGUGAUGUACGACCUGGAGAAUUGCUGCUCUGCGAGAAAGCUUUCUGCGUGGCGUGGGGAGACGGGAAGGCAUCCGCGACAGCAGUCACGUACGAUGUGCGUGAUGACCGGAUUAGGGUGUCACCCGUCGGUUUGGUCAAGGCGGUAGUGGAGAAGCUCCGCGGAACGCCGUCGAAUAUCGAGCGGGUUUUGGAAAUGUAUGGGGAUUACCGAGGGAAUAAAGAUUGCCAUCCUCAAAAGGUGCAUCCAGACGACAAGAGCCCGGUGGUCGACGUGUUCCGUAUCCAUGACAUUGUGUCCCGGAACGCCUUCGCCCUCGGCUCGUCCGCCCGAAACCCUGUCAAACCUGGAGCUGAGGUCGGUGGGAUAAGUAUGAGUACAGGGCUCUGGGUUCGUGCUGCGCGCAUUAAUCACUCCUGCAUGCCGAACACAGAGAAGGAAUUCAUCGGGGAUAUGAUGCUCAUCCGCGCCAAACGGCCCAUCGCUGCUGGAGAGGAGCUUCUCCACAGCUACGUCGACGAGAGAAGCAGCUAUAAGGCGAGACAGGAAGCGCUGAUGACAACUUGGGGAUUUGAGUGCGACUGCGGCCUCUGUCAGAGACAGCAAGGGAGAUAG